GGAUAUUCCAAUAUUAUUAGUCGGCCAUUGACGAUAUUGACGAGGACGCGCACAUUUCCUCUAUAGCUCUUUUUCUUCUUCUUCCUCCUCUUCCUCUCUUUCAAUAUUCCACCCGUUUAACCCAGUCAAAUGUCAACCUCUCCCUUAUUAAUCUUCCUAUAUUAAACAUCUCCCCUUUCCAAUCUUCAAUUCCUGCAGCGCAACCCAUUUCCAACCCUAAAACUCUCAGUUUCCCUCUUCUCUCAUUCAAACAAAAUGGGCCAAUAUUCAUCGACCCACUGUGGUGGUGGGCCGAAACUCCGUCACCGUAACCUUCACCCGAGCCCACUUCCCAACCACCACCGUUCCACCUCCGAAUCUGAUUUUUUCUCCCUCAUGAAUUCAGAUGAAGAUGAAUCAAUCCUCCCCUCGGAUUUCGAAAACCCAGAUUACACAUAUGAGCUUCCCGAUGAAUGUUUAGCUUUAAUUUUCCAGUGCCUGAGCUCAGGCGACCGGAAAAAAUGUUCCCUCGUCUGCCGGAGAUGGCUUUUAGUGGAGGGUCAAAGCCGUCACCGCCUUUCCCUCAACGCAAAAGCUGAGUUCCUCCCUCAUAUUCCUACCAUCUUCUCUCGUUUCGAUUCCGUUACGAAACUCGCUCUCCGAUGUGACCGCAAAUCCGUGAGCAUAAAUGAUGAAGCUUUGACCCUUAUCUCCCUCCGUUGCGUUAACCUCACGCGCCUAAAGCUGCGUGGCUGCCGUGAUGUUACCGAUGUGGGUAUGUCUGCUUUUGCAAAGAAUUGUAAGAGUUUGAAGAAAUUCUCAUGUGGGUCUUGCAUGUUUGGAGCCAAAGGUAUGAAUGCUUUGCUUGAUCACUGUUCUACCCUUGAGGAAUUAUCUGUGAAGCGUCUUCGGGGUAUUAAUGAUGGGUUUGCAGCUGACCCAAUUGGGCCUGGAGCUGCUGCUUCAUCGCUUAAAUCUAUAUGUUUGAAAGAGUUGUAUAAUGGGCAGUGCUUUGGGCCAUUAAUUAUUGGGUCGACGAAUUUGAGGACUUUGAAGUUGUUGCGUUGUUUGGGUGAUUGGGAUAGGCUUUUUGAGACAAUUGGGAGUAGGGAAAAUCAUGUUGCUGAGAUUCAUUUGGAGAGGCUUCAAGUUAGUGAUACUGGGCUUAACGCGAUAUCGAAUUGUCCAAAUUUGGAGAUUUUGCAUUUGGUGAAAACGCCCGAAUGCACGGAUGUGGGUGUUGUAGCAGUGGCUAGGAAAUGCAAGUUAUUGAGGAAGUUUCACAUUGAUGGAUGGAGGACAAAUAGGAUAGGAGAUGAGGGUUUGGUUGCAAUUGCUGAGAAUAGUUUGAAUCUCAAAGAAUUGGUGCUUAUUGGUUUGAAUCCUACGUCGGCUAGUUUGUUGGCGAUAGCUUCGAAUUGUCAAAAGUUAGAAAGAUUGGCACUUUGUGGCAGUGACACUAUUGGAGAUCCUGAAGUAUCUUGUAUUGCCACGAAAUGUAUGGCCUUGAAGAAGCUGUGUAUCAAGGGAUGUGAAGUGACGGAUGAAGGGAUCGAGUCUUUCGCUUGGGGGUGUCCGAAUUUGGUGAAAAUUAAGGUUAAGAAGUGCAAGCACGUGACAGGUGAUGUUGCAGAUUGGUUGAGAGCUAGGAGGCGAUCGCUAGCAGUGAAUCUUGAUGUUGGGGAGAUUGAUAUUGAACCUGUGGAUGGUAGUGCAAGUGAUGGUGGAGCACUAGAAGAUGCAGUAGAGUUUCAACCUAUAGCGAAUACACUGCCCAUUAUUGGUGCCACUGAUAUUCCAUCGACAAGCAAUGUAGGUCGAUCAGCAGCAGCUAAGUCAUGGUUCGGGUUUCUUGGAGGAAGAGGCCUAGUGGCAUGCACUCUCCGCAGGUGGUCAAAUGUUAAUGGUGAUUCUAGUGAGAGCUUAUGAAUAUUGUGAACAAAAGUUAAAAAAGAGAAAACAUGCUGCUAUUUAGUUGCUGUAAUUGGUCAUACAAUGAUCUACUCUCAACUUUUCUCAUUCAUUCCUUUUUAAUUUUGUAUUUGCAAUCUUCAAUACAAUGUGCAGAUAUACAUCUCACUUCCCAUUCUGGUGAA